GCAGAUUCACUGCUCACGCUUUUUUUCUCCGUGUCUUUCUGCUCUUUGUUUUUCCCUCCACGUCAUCUGAGAACCAAUUCUACCUGAAAGUAGCUUAAAUUGAUUUUCUGCUUCUCUUAGUAGACAACAAGCUCACCGGGCUUUAGCGAAAGUGCGGCUGCGGACGAGCAGGGGCGCUUGGGCUCCCGGCGGCGACGACUACGACGACGAGGAGAGUGGACGGAGGCGGCGCCUGAAGCAGCGGCGGAGCCCAUGCCCCGGGACGGCGGGCGGACCCGGAGAGACAAGCCCGGGGCCCGGGGCAUGUCCCCGGGGCCCCCGUGAGGAGGCGGCGGCGGCGGCGGAGAUGGAACUCCCGCCGCAGGAGGUGCCGCCCGGGCCGGGCGCGGACGGCGACGCCGAGGCGGCCCCUGCCGAGGCUCGGCCCCCCAGUCCCGCAUCGCCCCCAGCCGACGGUCGCCUCAAGGCUGCAGCCAAGCGCGUCACGUUCCCUUCCGACGAGGAUAUCGUGUCCGGCGCGGUGGAGCCCAAAGAUCCCUGGAGACACGCCCAGAACGUGACUGUGGACGAGGUCAUCGGCGCCUACAAGCAGGCCUGCCAGAAGCUGAACUGCAGGCAGAUUCCCAAGCUCCUGCGGCAGCUGCAGGAGUUCACGGACCUUGGGCACCGCAUCGACUGUCUGGACCUGAAAGGGGAGAAGCUUGACUACAAGACCUGUGAGGCCCUGGAGGAAGUCUUUAAGAGGCUGCAGUUCAAGGUCGUGGACCUGGAGCAGACGAACCUGGAUGAAGAUGGUGCCUCGGCCCUCUUUGACAUGAUUGAGUACUACGAGUCGGCCACCCACCUCAACAUCUCCUUCAACAAGCACAUCGGCACCCGGGGCUGGCAGGCUGCCGCCCACAUGAUGCGUAAGACGAGCUGCCUGCAGUACCUGGACGCCCGCAACACACCCCUGCUGGACCACUCGGCACCCUUUGUGGCCCGCGCCCUGCGUAUCCGCAGCAGCCUGGCUGUGCUGCACCUGGAGAACGCCAGCCUGUCAGGGCGGCCCCUGAUGUUGCUUGCCACAGCCCUGAAGAUGAACAUGAAUCUGCGGGAGCUGUACCUGGCCGACAACAAGCUCAACGGCCUGCAGGACUCGGCCCAGCUGGGCAACCUGCUCAAGUUCAACUGCUCCCUGCAGAUCCUAGACCUCCGCAACAACCACGUGCUGGACUCGGGGCUGGCCUACAUCUGUGAGGGCCUCAAGGAGCAGAGGAAGGGGCUGGCCACCCUGGUCCUGUGGAACAACCAGCUCACGCACACAGGCGCGGCCUCCCUGGGCACGGCGCUGCCGCACACUCAGAGCCUGGAGACGCUGAACCUAGGCCACAACCCCAUCGGGAACGAGGGGGUACGGAACCUCAAGAACGGGCUCAUUGGCAACCGCAGUGUGCUGCGCCUCGGCCUGGCCUCCACCAAGCUCACGUGUGAGGGCGCGGUGGCCGUGGCGGAGUUCAUCGCCGAGAGCCCCCGCCUCCUGAGACUGGACCUGCGGGAGAACGAGAUCAAGACGGGCGGGCUCAUGGCGCUGUCCUUGGCCCUCAAGGUGAACCACUCCCUGCUGCGCCUGGACCUCGACCGCGAGCCCAAGAAGGAGGCGGUGAAGAGCUUCAUCGAGACGCAGAAGGCCCUGCUCGCUGAGAUCCAGAACGGCUGCAAGCGCAAUUUCGUGCUGACGCGGGAGCGCGAGGAGAAGGAGCAGCGGCUGCAGCUGUCGGCCUCCAUGCCAGAGAUCACUGUCACGGCGCCCCAGCCCGACAACGAGCCCGCCAGCCCCGGGGAGGAGCCCGCCACCGAGGCGCAGGAGAACGGGCCCCCGGACCCCGGGCCCGGCCGGGACUCGGACUCAGACUCUGAGGGGGAGGACAAGGAGGAGGAGGACCGGGAGCAGGAGGAGGCCAACGGCGACCAGAGUCCCUCUGCUCCCUGCCCCGUCCUGGUGCCCCCCACGGACUCCCUGGGCCCUGGGGACAGGACCCCCUCAGGCAGCCCCUCCUCCCCCACGGAGCAGCGCAUUUCUGUGUCCAGCCCGGGCCGCGGCCACAAGGUGUUUGUGGUGACCCGGGUGGAGAGUCCGCCUGAGAGGGCAGCGCCCCCUGCCCUGCCCGUCCCUGGGUCCCCACCCGCCCCUCCCUCCGCCCCUGCCUCUCCACCAGCCGAGGCCAUCAGCACCCAGGACCCAGGGGUGCCUGAGCCCCAGCCACAGCCGGAGGCGCCUCAGUCAGCACCACUGCUGCCCAAUGGCCUCAAGCCCGAGUUUGCCCUGGCACUGCCCCCGGAGCCGCCCCCGGGGCCUGAGGCCAAGGGGGCCAGCUGCGGCCUGGAACAUGAGCUGAGCUGCUCCAACAACGAGAAGGAGCUGGAGGAGCUGCUUCUGGAAGCCAGUCAGGAGUCCGGGCAGGAGACACUGUGA